CGCCCGCCUAUCCGCCGGUCUCUGCAAGACCGUCAGUCUGUCCGCUCGCCCGUCCGUCCGCUGCCCCGGUUCCGCUAGCCCGAGUGCGCGAGUCUGUUCGUCGGUUCCGGCCACCACAAACCUGUCUCCCGACCCCGGGCAGCCCUGCUCUGCUACGCGAGGCUGGGGAUUGGCAGGGAGCGUAGGCCGCGUCGCGGCGGAUGGAGCCGGAAUAAAGAGGCGGCGGAGAAAGCAGCUGGUCUCUGCUCGCCCCGCGCCUGACCCCACGGGCGGCCUGGAGCAGAACCGAUUACUGGGGAAGGCAGAGCCUUUUUGGCAUUGCUGGGAGCCUGUCUCGAAGAGCCCCCUGUCCUGUAGGCUAUCUUCUUGCCUAAUGACGAGGGCUAUCUGACCAGUCCUCUGUGCCUUGUGUGAGGUUCUUGUCUGUUCCUGAGAGCCGGUAGCUUCUUUCUCAGGGUUGGGUUCACCUUAAGCUGGGAAACUGAAGCCGUUACUGUCCAAACCCAGUUUCAUCUUUCCAAGUAUGUCGGAAAGCUGGCAACAGCCACCACAGACUCAGCCACAACAGCCACAGCAACCACAGCCUCAGCACCAUGCAGAGCCCCCGCCAGCCCUGGCUGAACACACGCUGCCCCCAGGCACUGCUGAGAACCCACUGGGCUGUGCUGUCUAUGGCAUACUCUUGCAACCUGACCCGGGACUGCAACCCCCACAGCAUGCUCCCCUGCAAGCAGGGGAGCCAGGCCCCAAGUGUGGUGUAUGUGGCCAUGAUCUGGCACACCUCUCCAGCCCAAACGAGCACCAGUGCCUGGCAGGCCAUGACCGCUCCUUCCAGUGCACACAGUGUCUCAAGAUAUUCCAUCAGGCCACCGACCUGCUGGAGCACCAGUGUGUGCAGGCGGAGCAGAAGCCUUUUGUCUGCGGUGUUUGCAAGAUGGGCUUCUCGCUGCUCACCUCUCUGGCCCAGCACCACAGCUCCCACACUGGCAUGGUGAAGUGCUCCAUCUGUGAUAAGACCUACAAGCCAGCCGAGGCUGCUGAGCCAGCCACCACUACUGCCCCAUCGCUGCCCCCAGCACCCCCGACUACUACUGUAGCCCCCUCAGAACAACCGGAAAAGCCCUAUAGCUGUACCAUUUGCCAGAAGCCCUUCAAGCACCUGUCGGAGCUCUCAAGGCACGAGCGGAUCCACACGGGAGAGAAGCCGUACAAGUGCACGCUGUGCGACAAGAGUUUCAGUCAGUCCUCACACCUCGUGCACCACAAGCGGACACACAGCUCUGAGCGGCCCUACAAGUGCGCUGUCUGCGAGAAGACCUUCAAGCACCGCUCCCACCUGGUGCGGCACAUGUACGCGCAUUCCGGCGAGCACCAUCUGUUCCGAUGCAACGUGUGUGAACUGCAUUUCAAAGAGUCGUCAGAGCUGCUGCAGCACCCCUGCACCCCGAGCGGGGAGCGGCCCUUUCGCUGCGGCGAGUGCCAGAAGGCCUUCAAGCGGCCCUCGGACCUGCGGCAGCACGAGCGCACGCACAGUGCCGAGCGCCCCUUCAAGUGCGACCUGUGCCCCAUGGGCUUCAAGCAGCAGUACGCACUGAUGCGGCACCGGCGCACGCACAAGACGGAGGAGCCCUUCAAGUGCGGCCUGUGCGAGAAGGGCUUCGGGCAGCCCAGCCACCUCCUCUACCACCAGCACGUCCACACCCUGGAGACUCUCUUCAAGUGCCCGGUGUGCCAGAAGGGCUUCGACCAGUCGGCUGAGCUGCUGCGGCACAAGUGCCUGCCCAACUCUACCGAGCGGCCCUUCAAGUGCCCGGUGUGUAACAAGGCCUACAAGCGGGCAUCUGCCCUGCAGAAGCACCAGCUGUCGCACUGCGCCGCAGCCGAGAAGCCCCUGCGCUGUACCCUGUGUGAGCGCCGCUUUUUCUCCUCCUCGGAGUUCGUGCAGCACCGCUGCGACCCUACCCGGGAGAAGCCGCUCAAGUGUCCGGACUGUGAGAAGCGCUUCAAGUACGCUUCCGACCUGCAGCGCCACCGGCGGGUGCACACGGGUGAGAAGCCCUACAAGUGCCCCAACUGCGAUAAAGCCUUCAAGCAGCGCGAGCACCUCAACAAGCACCAGGGAGUACAUGCCCGUGAGCAGCAGUUCAAGUGCGUGUGGUGUGGCGAACGCUUCCUGGAUGUGGCGCUUCUCCAGGAGCACAGUGCCCAGCACAGCGCUGCUGCUGCAGCCGCGGAGGGUGCCUACCAGGUGGCGGCCUGUUUGCCCUAGGGCCUCCGCGCCACCUCCGGCCCUGCCUAGUCUCGCUGGCUUGCAGCUACAUGGCCGCAAGCCUGUCAACCAGCUCUCCUCUCUGGAGUGAGGACCAAAGGGUUCUGGGCAGGUAGAGGGUGCCCAUGUUUAGUACUCCUAGCACCAGCCCGGCUGUGGGGAAGCCAAACUGCUGUGGCCAGACCCCGAUUGCAUUAACCUCUUCUCCGUGACAGGACUUGCUUUCUGAGAGCCUGCUGUACCCCUUAUCUAUAGGGAACUUGAAUCCCACCUGUUACUAGGUGCCUCUCUGCCCCAGGUAUGGGGGAUGUCAACCGGUUUUCCCAAAUCUUACAGCCUAGUGAGAAGUCAGGUGGCUUGGGAAGGAGAAGCAGGGUUUCUCCUCCAGUGCUUUUUUCUGGGGGUGGGGGAGGGAGGGCCAGUUUUGUGUCAGUUCUGGGGACUUAGAAUUUAGACCAUGAGCUACAAUCCUCUGACUGCCCAGCUAGGACCGAUGUUCCUUGAUUCCGAGUUUCUGGUGGUUGGAUAUAUAGGAUAGGAGUCUUUGGGCUGGGUCUGCUUGGGGACUAGGGACCCAGUCAGGGUAGGGGAAGCAGAAACACUUAACAGCACCCUCAGCUCAUCCAGUGCUGUCCACAGGGAAAGGGCCAAGCAGCUGCGUGCUAAGAGCAGUCCUGGGUCGGUGGAAGCCCCUCCCCCCUCCUGCCUGUGAGUAGGUGCAGGGAUGAAUGUGCCCUUAGUAGAGCUGCUGCUGUGGAGGGAUAGGACUGUUGGUCCCCCUUGUACCCCAUCCCUGGGAUGGGGAAAGAGGACCAAGCCCACGAUUUCUCCAGCAGAUAAGAGCAGGUCCCUUCUUCCCAAAUUGUGUGAUCCUAGGUGUCUGGGGCUCAGAGUCAUAGCCUCAGUUUGUUCCAGUCCUGCCUAAGGGCCAUAUAGAGUCCUGGGUGCCCAGGAUGAGGAAUGGCCUCUGACCCCACAGAGCCCCUCUAGCCCAGUCUGGUAACCCUGAGCCGUCAGUCUGGCUGUGGGCUUGGGCCCUAAGGAUCUUCUGUUGCCAAAACAACCUUCUGUCCUUAGAGUCCUAGAGUACCCCUAGGUCUUUGACUGCUGACAACCUGCCUCUAAUAGCAAGCGUGGAGAUACAAGGAUAGAGGAGCCUAGUAGGCAGCAUUCUUGGCGGGCACAUGGUCAGCCACCAUCACUUGACAGCUAGAGCCACCUCAAGAGCCUGGGGGACCUUUGUUGUCAAAGUCAUCGUUCUGAACCCAGCCCUGACCAUGCCCUUUUUAGCCAGCCCCCUCUCCCUAUCCAUGAGUCUUGAAAGAAGACUGACCAGGACCCAAACCAAGGGCCUGAUGGCUAGGAGUACAUCACCUCACCUCUUAUCUUAAAAAGUCCAGCUGGCCACAUGCACCUGCUCUGUCUCCCAGGUUCUGUCCUGUGUCCACAGAGACAGGUUAGCAUUUACCUUGGGCUGACUCUUGGUCACAAAAGCCUCAAAAGACUGGAACUCAGUCCUAACUGCUAUUUUUUUCCUUCCAUUUUACAUUCUAAAAGCAAUUUGUUAUACUAUUCAUAACAUUGUAUAGCUUAAUUUCAUGUCAUUUUGGAUCAUAUAUAAAUAUGAGUUUGGAAUUUAAAAAGAAUGACUCCAUUUUAGGCAGCCACUUUUGAUGUUACUCUACAGUGAGCUUGAUGUGUGCUCUAAAAGUAAAGACAUUGACAGUGCAGCCCCCAGCUCUUCACUCGUUCUUUCCAGAGGGAAUGAUGGGAGGUGCAGAGGCUGAGAGUGAUACAGACCAGAGUACCAGAUUGGGUCUAGGCUUGAAUCCUGAGCUUUGAGGCUUCUGGGCUGUGUGACCUUGGCCUGGUCACUUAACCUCUUUGGGUCAGUCGCCUCAUCUGUCAAAAAACUUAGUGGGUGGUUAACUUAUCUAGCUGUUGGGAGAAUUGCAUGGACUCAUCGUAGGGACUCUGGGGAGAAGCUGUUGACAGGCUGACAGGCACCAAAGCAAUAUACCUCACUCCACCUGAUUUUAAGGUUUAGCAGUAGCUCUUGAGGAGGGAGCUGGACUGUGAGAGAUCAGCAGCUCAUGAAAGGCCAGAAGCUGGAGGUGGCCAAAAAAAAAAAAAAUUUUUUUUUUUUUUUACUCUGGUGCUCUCUGCAAUAGUGGUGGAUCCCCUUAGCCUGGCUGGCCCACUUAUCCAUUUGGUCUGCCCUACGGUGAUCCCCCUCUGUAGACCAAGCCCAGUACCCUUUACCUCAGUCCUUCCAUACAUUUCUACGUACUCCAUCCUUGCUCCCCCCCUCCCGCAGUCCAUCUGAAACUCACAUGCUUUCCACUUCUCAAAGGCCAGAGUGAGGCUGAAGAGACGGAAAAAUGGUCCUCAGCCUGGCAUUUGAGAACCAAGGACACCCUGUUCUAGAUAAGAUUAGAAAGUUCAAAGGACAUGGAGCUGCCCAUAUGACAAAUGUUCUUAAAAUUGUGACUGGACCCCAUGCUUCUCCCAUUCUCUAUAUGGCUCCUGAGAAUCCAGAAGAUUCCUUCCCAUAGGCUGCUAGCACUCAGCAGCCAAGAGCAGGGGACCUUUUUAUCUGUGCCAGUUUCAAGGGCCAACUUAUUUUCUAGUUGUGUGGCCUGGAUAAAACUCCACUUGGUGGGCAGGGUAGGCCUGAACAGCCUUUGUCCAUACCAUUUGGAGUCUGAGGGAUUGUCUAAGACACACAGUGCUAAGUGGCCUAGAGCUGCACACAUAUGAAAGACAGUGUGGCCAGGACAUCCCUGACAGUCUGGCUCCAGGUCACUUUUCUGGUCAGGACUGUUCUGGCACCCAGUCUGGCCAGGGAAUCAAGGCAACAACCCCCCCCCUGACCCCAGCGGGUACUCAGCCCCUCUAUCCAAGCUGAUGUCUACCUUCCCAUGCAGGAAGAGAGAGAGGUAGGUCCUUAACGGCUUGCGCAUCCUAGCACUGUCAUGAAAGGUCAUCUCCAAUCUGCACUUCUCCAGAGCAGUCCUCAUCCCAUCCUAUGGGAAUCUACCCAAGCCCUCAGCCUGGUGACAAGACCUGCAUCCCACCCUCAAGCGAGUGGUCACCCCCACCCCUCCACAGGAAGAGCCUUGGCUGCUGUCAGUCUUUCUCCAAAGGUAGAUGCUGUAGUAUCCGGUAAAAGUCAGUCUGUGUGCGGUGGCAGGGGUGUGGGAUCUCCCUCUUCACUAUGACCUCGCCCCACCCUGGCUCUGUAUUCCUGCCUUUCCUUCCUCCCUGACCAUAACCGAGCACCUGCCAGACUUAAGACAACUUCAGAUGAGUGAGUUGAAAGGGCUUCGUAAGAAGUGAGUAUGGGCUGAGGGGUAGGCUCAGUGCCUGCUGCCCAGGCGUGAGAUAGCCAGCACCUACAGUGUAACCCGGGGCUGAGUGGGAGGAACACAGCUACCAUGAGAUAGUGGCCGCCACUAGUACAUCUGAGAGUGUUCUGUGUCUGUUUCCCAGGCUAGUCUCAAACUCCUGGGGUGUCAGUCAUGCCUCAGUCUCCAUAUCAUCCAGUGUAUGCCACCAGUCUUGGCUUCUUAGUUUUCUAAUGGGACAUCUCUUCCUUCUAAGAGCCAGACCUAUGUCUCCAGCCCCAGCAAGACACUCUGCUUUCCUCUCCACUCUUGGUGUGUUCCUCAGAGCAGGAAAGAAGUAGAUGUGACGGUCACAGUCUCAACUGCCUUCAAAUCCCAGCCUUGCUGGUCAGCGGCUGUCUAAUCUAGGGCUAAUCACAACUCCCUCUAGCCUAUUUAUUUAGAUUUAUGCAAAUGAGUGUUUUGCCUGCAUCUAUAUCUAUCUAGACAGGUAGAUAGAUAUAGAUAGAUGCACCACCUGUGUGCCUGGUGCACCUGUAGGUCAGAAAAGGAUGUUACAUCCCUAGGAACUGGAGUUAAGAUGGUUCUGAGCCUCCAUGUGGGUGCUGAGAACUGAACCUGGGUUCUCUGGAAAAGCAGCCAGCAUUCAACCUCUGAGCCAUCUCUUCACCCCCAAGUCCAUUUAUUUAACCAGCUAUAAAAAUGGAUUUAAACGGCUUACCUCAUGGGGCCUGUGAAGCACUUGAAAACUUAAUAAAAUGGAUACACUCAA